AUGUGGUAGCAGCUCUGUUCGGUUUUAACCCUACCACUACUACCACGUUGUUGGUUGGAUUCCCUCUACCCGUGCUAAACGUAUAAAAUCGAAUGAUAUGCUAAAGAAGUUAUCUUUUUGCUGGCGGGCUUUUAUGUGCUUGGCUCUCGGAUUACAACACAAAUAAUUUUUUUAAUUUUCCCUUAAAAGAAAACAUAAUAAUAUUACAUUAUUCACUACCGUUCUUCAUCAUUGGAUGCGGUGUCUAUUGUUAACGUGUUUUUAAUUUUUUCUGUGCAUCAAAAUGAUAAUACUGAAGGUUAUAGCAGUUUUAGGCUGCUCAUUUACAGUAUUUGGUGCAAUAGCACCGGGUCAAAAUGCUUACUUGCCACCAAAGGAAAAUGGGUACCAUUACGAUAAACCAAGCGUGCCAUUCCCUCCAAAACCACCAUCUCCUCAACCUCCCCGACCAACUUAUGGUCCUCCAAGUCCUCCAAAACCAACAUAUGGACCUCCAAGUCCACCAAAACCAACUUAUGGACCUCCAAGCCCUCCAAGACCAACUUAUGGACCUCCAAGCCCUCCAAGACCAACGUAUGGCCCACCGAGCCCUCCAAGACCAACUUAUGGGCCACCGAGUCCUCCAAGACCAACUUACGGGCCACCGAGUCCUCCAAGACCAACUUACGGUCCACCGAGUCCUCCAAGACCAACAUAUGGACCACCAAGCCCCCCACCACCACCUAGACCAACUUAUGGACCUCCAAGUCCUCCAAAACCAACAUAUGGACCUCCAAGUCCACCAAAACCAACUUAUGGACCUCCAAGCCCUCCAAGACCAACUUAUGGCCCGCCGGCUCCGCCAAGACCAACGUAUGGCCCACCGAGCCCUCCAAGACCAACUUAUGGGCCACCGAGUCCUCCAAGACCAACUUACGGGCCACCGAGUCCUCCAAGACCAACUUACGGUCCACCGAGUCCUCCAAGACCAACAUAUGGGCCACCAGGCCCCCCACAACCACCUAGACCAACUUACGGACCGCCAACUCCACCACCGCCAAGACCGACAUAUGGGCCUCCUUCACCACCGAGACCAACGUAUGGCCCGCCUCUAAAACCAACGUAUGGCCCGCCACCAAAACCGACUCCAACUUCACCUACACCACCUUACGGACCUCCAGAUGGAAAACCUCCAAGGCCAGGACCGAUACCUCCAUUCCAUCCAUCACCUUCUCCCCCAAGACCUACACCGCCAGCUCCAUAUGAUGGUGGAUCUUCAGAUCACCACCAUCAUCACCAUCACGAACCAGGAAUGCCGUUCGAUUUUACAUACGCCGUUAAAGAACCAGAGUUUGGAAAUGAAUACUCACAUAACGCCAUAAGUGAUGGAGACAUUACAAGAGGAGAAUAUAGAGUUCAAUUACCCGAUGGAAGAACGCAAGUAGUAAAAUACACUGCUGAUUGGCAAAAUGGUUACAAUGCCCAGAUAAGUUAUGAAGGACAAUUAAAUUACCAAUCGUUUAAACCUAGUCCUUCUCCUACCGGAGGAUAUCCACAAGGUCCACCUUUAGUACCAUUCAAACCACCUGUGCAACCACCAAGUCAGGGAUAUCCAAGUGUUAGACCAUCUCCCAGUUUUCCAAGCGGUCCAGGACCGACAACUCCUCAGCAGCAGUACUCUCCCGGGGGAGGUUACAAAUAUUAAGGACGUCUUAUAAGAGUGAAAAUCGCCGAUAAUAUCUGUUCUUGUAGCACUGCCAUUGGAGAGAACAGAAACGUUUUAGGUAUCUUCGGCUUACCGCCACUGGACUUAAUCUCAAUCGAUCAGGAAUUAAAUAGUUUAUUAAACAGCGAACCGACCGACUUGCUAAAUCACACUGACUUGCUCUUGUAAUUUAUUCUGAGAUGAUGUAUCAUACUGUGUAAUAUAAAUACUUUUAGUAGAUGAAACAGAUGUGUAUAUUUUUUACAUUUUUUUUGAUAAAUAAAUGAACGAAUGUUUUGGUA